GAGAGAGCGAGAGAGAGAGAGAGAGAGAGAGAGAGAGAGAGAGAGAGAGUGAACCAGUGCUGGAUUCAGUACCUGUCUCCUCUGUGAAGAUCCUGGGAUUUCCCUGCCUUUUCCCCCGACUGUUUUCCCUAUUGCAUUUUAUUAGAGGGUGUAUUCUUUUGCCUUGGGAUUUUAUUUUCAUCGUUUUGCAUUUGCCUUGCCAUUAUUAUUCAUUACCCUUUCAUUGGAUUGGUUUGACCACUGAAGGAGCUUGGAUGAACUGCUUUGGCAAAAACUGGACAUGGAAUUGCUGAUAAUUUGCCUUUCGACUUGGAUUUUGCAAUGCAAUUCAGUGCAAGCGGACUCCAUCAUUCAUAUCGGUGCCAUAUUUGAAGAAAACGCAGCGAGGGACGACGAGGUCUUCCAGUUGGCAAUUUCAGACCUAAGUCUCAACGAUGACAUUUUACAGAGUGAAAAAAUCACAUUCUCCAUAAAGUUUAUCGAGACAAAUAACCCCUUCCAGGCAGUCCAAGAAGCUUGUGAUCUGAUGACCCAAGGCAUCCUGGCAUUAGUGACCUCCACAGGCUGUGCAUCAGCUAACGCCCUGCAAUCACUGACUGAUGCCAUGCAUAUCCCCCAUCUUUUUGUCCAGAGGAACAAUGGAGGCUCCCCUCGGACAGCCUGUCAGCUCAACCCAAGUCCUGAUGGAGAGAAGUACACACUGGCAGCCCGGCCACCAGUGCGACUCAAUGAUGUCAUGUUAAAAUUGGUCACUGAGCUCCGCUGGCAAAAAUUUAUUGUUUUUUAUGACAGUGAAUAUGAUAUCCGAGGGCUGCAGAGCUUUUUAGAUCAGGCUUCUCGUCUUGGUCUUGAUGUGUCAUUGCAGCGUGUGGAUAGGAAUAUUAGUCGUGUCUUCACCAACCUUUUCAGCACAAUGAGAACAGAAGAGUUAAAUAGAUACAGAGACACACUGCGGCGUGCUAUACUUUUGCUGAGCCCCAAGGGAGCGCAAGCAUUCAUCCAUGAGGCCGUCGAAACGAAUCUAGCUUCUAAAGACAGCCACUGGGUUUUCGUAAAUGAGGAGAUCAGCGAUGCAGAGAUUCUUGAGCUAGUGCACAGUGCCUUGGGUCGAAUGACGGUCAUUCGGCAGAUUUUUCCUAUGUGGAAGGACAGUAAUAUUCGCUGCAUGAGGAACAAUCACCGAAUCUCUUCCUUGCUCUGUGAUCCACAGGAGGGAUACCUUCAAUCACUGCAGGUCUCCAAUUUGUACCUUUAUGACAGCGUCCUCAUGCUUGCUAACGCUUUUCAUAGAAAACUUGAGGAUAGAAAGUGGCAUAGCAUGGCCAGCCUGAACUGCAUGAGGAAGUCAACGAAACCAUGGAAUGGAGGGUGGUCCAUGUUAGAGACUAUCCAGAAGGGCCGAAUUAAUGGAUUAACUGGAAUGAUGGAUUUUCGUGAUGAUGGAUCUAAUCCACAUGUCCAAUUUGAGAUCCUUGGCACCAGCUACAGUGAGACGUUUGGCAAGGAUGUGCGUAGGUUGGCAACUUGGGACUCUCUGCGGGGGCUGAAUGGUAGUCUACAGGAGAGACGUCUGGAAAGUGACAUGCAAGGAGUGACUCUGAAAGUUGUGACUGUUUUGGAAGAGCCAUUUGUCAUGGUGGCUGAGAAUAUUCUGGGUCAGCCGAAGCGUUACAAGGGUUUUUCAAUUGAUGUUCUUGAUGCACUGGCCAAGAACUUAGGAUUCAAGUAUGACAUCUAUCAAGCUUCAGACAGCAAGUAUGGGAUACAACUUCAGAAUGGCUCCUGGAAUGGAAUGAUAGGGGAACUUAUCAACAAGAGGGCUGACUUGGCCAUCUCUGCGAUUACGAUUACACCAGAGCGAGAAAGUGUUGUUGACUUUAGCAAGCGCUACAUGGAUUAUUCAGUUGGAAUUCUUAUUCGGAAGCCUGAAGAAAAGAUCAACAUUUUCUCUCUGUUUGCACCCUUUGACCUGGCAGUAUGGGCAUGCAUUGCAGCAGCAAUCCCAGUUGUGGGAGUUCUCAUAUUUGUGCUGAACCGCAUCCAAGCUGUACGUGGGCAAACUCCACCAGCUCAUCAACAGCAGCCAUCAGGCAGCUCCCCGUCUACAUCUCUUCACAGUGCUAUUUGGAUUGUCUAUGGGGCUUUUGUUCAGCAAGGUGGGGAGUCCAUUGUAAGCUCUGUUGCCUUGAGGAUUGUCAUGGGCAGCUGGUGGCUUUUUACUUUGAUUGUCUGCUCUUCUUAUACUGCAAACCUGGCGGCUUACCUAACUGUUUCACGGAUGGACAGCACUGUCCGAACAUUUCAGGAUUUGGCCAAACAAAUGGAUUUGUCUUAUGGCACCGUGAGGGACUCUGCUGUCUAUGAUUACUUCAGAGCAAAGGGUACUAACCCACUGGAACAGGACAGCACCUUCUCAGAACUAUGGAGGACAGUAAGCAAGAACAAUGGAGCAGACAACUCAGUGGCCAACCCUUCAGAAGGAGUCAGAAAGGUUAAAAAUGGGAAUUAUGCAUUUUUGUGGGAUCUGGCUGUAGUGGAAUAUACUGCCCUGACAGAUGAUGACUGCUCCUUGACAGUGAUUGGAAACAGCAUAAGCAGCAAAGGUUAUGGCAUCGCUUUGCAACAUGGAAGUCCCUAUAGAGAUUUAUUCUCCCAGAGGAUCCUGGAGCUACAAGAAAAUGGAGAUUUAGACAUUCUCAAACAAAAAUGGUGGCCUCGAAUGGGACGAUGUGAUCUGGACAGUCAUACAAAUAUACAACCUGAUGGCCGCGCCCUCAAGCUGCACAGUUUUGCUGGGGUUUUUUGUGUCUUAGCUGCAGGUCUACUGCUAGCUUGCCUCGUUGCUGGCCUUGAGAUGUGGUGGAACAGCAAUCGUUGUCGGCAAGAACAACCUAAAGAGGUUACUAAGGAUUACGGACUGGCCAGAAUUUCUGGUCCAUUGACAUAUAAUGAUUUUACAUCUGCUUCAUCGGGAGGGAGGAAGGACAUAUGGACAGAAAGAGAGAGAGACUGGGAUGAAGCAGAAGAUAUUUAUACAGGACAAAGAGGUGAACUUGGAGCAGGUGCAUCGUCGUAUGAACAGCCUUAUGGACGAGGACAUGGCCCACAAGCAGAUCCCCGCUCCAUCUAUCGAGAUCUCUGCCCUGGACAUCGGCAGCAUUCAGCCCAGCCAGACCCUGGAGCCAGUGCGGGAGUAUCAGAGCACGGGUCUGUCUGUGAGCACCUUCCUGCCAGAGCAGGGCCACGGGGCAGGCAGGACGCUAACACAGGGCCCCAGCAGCAGUCUGCCUCUACCACUCAGCAGUUCCUCCAGCAUUCCAUCCAUACAGUGCAAACACAGAGCCCCCAACGGGGGAUUGUUCCGCCAGAGCCCCGUCAAGACUCCAAUGCCCAUGUCAUACCAAUCAGUGCCCGGAGGACCUAUCCCAGAAGCCAUUGAGCCCACUCAUGGGACAUCUAUCUGACAUGAUCUCAUCUGAGGAAAAAAACAAACAAACAAACAAACAAGUGCAGAAGUUUUUUUUUGU